GGUGAGGCAGCAGCAGCAGCAGCAGCAGCAGCAGGAACCAGUGUGGGCCGAGCCUCCGGAGGUGCGUGACGGGGCCGCUAUGGCCGGUGAUAACCGCUCAACCUCGGCCCUAUUUAAGAGGGCCGAGCAGAUAAGGCGUUGGCAGGAGAGUGAGACCAAUAAACAGGAUAUAGUCGAUAACCACAGGACUCGGAAAGUUAAUUUUACUGACGGGUGCGUGUUCUUAGCGGCCUGCGCGGCGGGGGACAAACAAGAAGUUAUUCGCCUCCUGGAGAAGGGAGCUGACAUAGAUACCGCAAAUGUCGACGGUCUGACGGCCCUGCAUGCGGCAUGUAUAGAUGACAAUUUAGACAUGGUUGAGUUCCUUGUCGACCAGGGCACAGAUGUCAACAGGGGGGACAUGGAGGGCUGGACACCCCUGCAUGCCACUGCCUCCUGUGGCUUCAACAGUAUAGCAAAGUUCCUAAUAGACCGAGGGGCGGACCUCUCCUUAGUCAACAAUGAUGGUGACCUGGCCAUCGACAUAGCAGACUCAGAUGAGAUGGAGUGCUUAUUACAGCAGGAAAUAGAAAGUAGAGGUAUCGAUUGCGAGUUGUCUAGGAACCGAGAGGAGCGGCGGAUGCUGGAGGAUGCACAGUACUGGCUCACCUCUGGCUACCUGGCGGACCGACCACACCCAAAGACCGGUGCCACAGCCCUCCAUGUGGCCGCCGCUAAGGGCUACAUUAAGGUUAUGAGCCUUUUGUUAGAAGCCGGUGCAGACAUCAAUGCUAAGGACCUGGACGGGUGGACGCCCCUGCAUGCUGCCUCACACUGGGGGCAGAAGGAGGCCGUCGAGGUCCUCUGUGAGAACAUGGCAGAUAUGGAAGUCAGGAAUUUUGUGGGCCAGAGUGCUUUUGAUGUGGCAGACAGCAGUUUAUUAUCAUUAAUGGAGGAGCUGAAGAGGAAACAGGCAUCCCUGAAACUAAUUAACCAAAACAAAAAGGGGCCAAGAAAGCGCAAGACUUCACCGCUGAGCAACAAGAAGGAACGUGAAGAUCCCCGGGAGUCUGAUGGUACGUCAGAGGAGGAUGAGUCCUCUUCGAAAGUGGAUGAUAGUACUAGUGAGGAGACAAGCAGUAGUGACAGUAGUGAUUCCUCGGAUUCAGACUCUGAUAAAGAUGAGGAGGAGGAGGAGAAGGAGGAGGAGGAGAUGGAGAUGGAGAUGGAGAUGGAAGGGGUGUUGGGUUGUUACAGACGUGCGUUGAGUCCCGUGAGGUACUUGGUGGAGAAGAGAAACAAGGUGAACAAGGAGAUCGCCGCCCCACAGAUCAUUCCCAUUAGUGCUCUGUCCAACAAGAGCACCAGCAGAACACAGUCUGAGGCAAGGUCAGAGAAUGCCUUCGAUGAAUCUGAGGUCCAGUCGUGGAGAAGACCGUCUUCCUUCAGGAGAACUAACCAGGAAGAGAAGAACCAAAAAGAAGAGGCAUCCCGCACCUCAUCCACCACCACCACCACCACUACCACAACCACCACCACCACCACCACCACCACAGCGUCCACGCCCACCCCGUCAGCGAGAAUCUCUGGCCGUGAUGCUGAGGAGGAUAGGAAGAGGACAGCGGCGGCGGAGAAGGAGGAGAGCGCUCUGACCGCCACCCGAGAGAAACUCAAGGCUCGGUCAUGUCCGGCUCUCAGUCUGUUGGAGGAGGAGGAGGAAGGAAAGGAAGGAGGAAAUGGGGUGCAGGUUUUUCCUUCCUGGCCUUCAUCCCAUUUGGGGGGUGUUUCUUCUACCACUGCCUCUGCCCUGGUGGCCUCCCAGCGCCUCUCUUCCUCUGACAUCAACCUUCCCUCUCAAUCACCCACACCUGCCCCUGUGGUACCGAUCGUUCAGCCAAAAAUCACCCCAGAUGCCUCCCAGGCUAUCCCCGCACCUAGUCCUGUCCCCACAGCUGUCAUCACAUCUACCACCACAUCAUCCACACCCCCUACCACAUCCACCACAUCAAUCACCCCCUCCAUUACUCAUGCCUCACCAUCUUCCUCCACAUCCACCACUACUUCCACCACCACCACUGCACCACCACCACCACAGGAUGUCAAAGAAUCAUUAGAUAUGGUCACUACUGCCUCCGCCACCAUCACCACUUCCCCGGCAGUGACUGAGAGUGCGUCUUCCCCCAUCAGUACCACAGACUUGGUGUCCUCACCGACUCACAGACCGCUGGGACUUUCACUCUCAAACCCUGUCUCUUCUAGUACCCUUCCUUCUUCAUUACUUCAAUCCUCUUCCUCCUCUUCCUCCUCCUAUACCGUCCCCAUCACCUCUAUCACCACAACCAACACCCCGGCUGGCCUGGCCUCUCUCUCUACUAACCACACUACUAACAGCAAGGACCCUCGACUACUGGCAAGGUCCGCAUCCCUCAGAGAACGCAUUCAGAGGAAUCACAUGGACAGCAUGGGGCCAGCAGCAGCCAGCAGCACUGUCCUUACCACCAACACCUCACCCACCACACGCUCCAAAGGAAGCAACGUGACCACUCUGACCACCAACGGGGGACUGAGCACCCUCCCUCCCCCUCCCAAGACAGCCCCAUCCCUUCCUAACACCACCCCCACCACCACCAAACAGCCCUCUCCAUCCCCUUCACCUCCUUUGCCCACCACUACUGCCUCAGCCACCAUCACCACACCCCCCACACCUCCUCCCCCACCCCAGACCCCUCCCUCUGCUCAGCCCCCUGCACCAUCGUCCAAAAUGAGUCCUGGGGGUGUCAUAAAGAAUUUCUUCAACCUCUUGCAUUCGUCUAGGUCGUUCAUGCCUCCGAGCCGUGACGAGGAGAGCGAGACGCAGAGGAAAGCCCACGCCAAGAUGGUGCGCUCCACCCGCCGCUCCACCCAGGGAGUCACGCUGGAGGACAUCAAGACUGCUGAGCAGCUCAUGAAGAACAAACAACAGCAGCAGCAGCAAACCACUUCAUCUAGUCCAGACUCCAAGGAGCUGUCAUCCUCCACCACCACCGCCACCACCACUGUCACCUCCACCACCGCCACCAAUGCCGCCUCACCCACCUCACCCACCAAGCCAAAGCCUGACUCACCGACCAAAGCGGAUGAAGACGAGCGGCGUCCCUCGUGGCGGCUGAAGCUGGAUGAGACAGAUAAAAACAGGUUUUCCCUGGAGAAUGUCCGAAAAGACAAGUCAGAGGCAGAGAAUGACGCAGACACUCCCACAUUCACAGUACAGCUGCGGAAAAAGAAUACUGAGGAGAAAGAUGAGGAGAAGGAUAGUGAGCGCAACUCCCAGACCCGCGAGGGCACCCAGGCGGCCAUCCAGCGGCGGAAAAAGCCCAAGAGACGCUCCACAGGGAAGGUUCAGGUCAACAUGGACGAGAUAGACCCUGAGAAGAGGGCCCAGCGCUCUGCAGAACAGCAGCAGCGGCAGGGGGAUGAAGGCAGCGAGGAGGAGGAGGAAGAGGUUGAAACGGUAAGUGUCGCGGAGGAUGGAGUGACCUUGGCCCGGUGUGUCCUGGACGAGGAGUCCGUCAGUGAGAAAGGAGAUGCGGCUCGUGGCUCCACCACUUCUCUCGGCUCAGCACUCAGCAGCCGGGCCACUUCCAGGUCUUCCUCGGUGGGUCCAGAGAAUGGGGACAUCGACUACAAGAAGUUAUAUGAGGAACAGUUGACCGAGACACACAGAGUCAACGAGAGACUGAGAAGCAUAGAGAAUGAGCUUCGGCAAUCCAGGGAAAGCAUUGAUCUCAGCACAAAGAAGCUCAACACCCGCCUGGCGAUAGCAGAGUCCGAGAAGAGGGAGAAGAAGGCCCUGGAACGCAAGCUGUCCGAGAUGGAGGAGGAACUCAAGCAAUUGCAAAAACUUAAGGCUGAAAAUGAGAAAUUGAAGGCUGAAAACAGAGCCUUGACUCGAGUGGUGUCCAAAUUGACCAAUUCAGCCACGUCAGGCAUGAGUAACUUGGCCACCUUGAGCAAAUAGUUGAUGAAGCAGGAGAACCAGCGACUGAAGGAUGAGAAUGGGGCCCUUAUUCGUGUCAUCAGUAAGCUCUCCAAAUAGAAGCACCUCCAGCCUCUGAUGUGCUGUGUCCAUUGUCAGCAGUCCCACCCUGGCUUGGACUGUCUGUUACCCAGUCAAAAUGUAACCCAGGGAAUUACCUGGGAUGGUCCACAAGCAGGGCUAGAGUCUUGCAGGCCAAGUAGGGGAUGUAUAAACUGUUUGGACUUUGUGUUAGCUGUUACAUGCAGCUUGCUCACUUCCCUGAGCAUGCUAAGGUCUUGUUACAGUGCCCAGUCUUUGCCACACAGCAGUGACCAAGGCGGCUUGAAAGUGGUGGUGUUGGUGUGCUUGCAACUAGAAUCAAGUAACCACAUUGUCUCUUCCCAGUAGCACUGCUUAUCAAGUACUUAAGCAAGACAGCAAGGCACCUGAUAUGUUGCUUGACCCUCCCUUGAAAUUAGUCAUUGGAUGAAUCACUGUUCAGUCAAGAGUUAUGAACCACACCAGCUGCUGGCACUGCUGGUGGAGAGGCCUGGCUAGGGCGGGGUGCUCCUCUCCCGGGCCCCAGGGAUGCUGGCUCACACCAGAUAGAGGCACGUAGGUAGUCUUCCUCAAAGCCAGUUUGGUUGAUUCCAGUUGAGACACUGAGAAGGUCACCCAAAGUGUGUUUCCUACGCAUGAGUCUCAGAUGUGUGUGAAGGCCCAGACUCAGUGUCGCGUCACAGCAGCGCUGCGUGUCGGAGUGCCGCACUGCUCGGUGUGCGUGUGUGUUUGUGUGAGGGACUGUCCCUGACGCACCCGGCCGGUGGCCCCGUCUUAAACCUCAACCACAAAAUGGUAAAAUUAGUGAAUUGUAUUUGUGUGUUUUGCCCCAGUUGUCUAAGCUUUGCAUUAUCCAUGUAUUUUCAUAUCUAUUUGCCUUUGUGCAGGUAUCACUGUCUUCAGAAGGAAACCAUGUAGUUGCUGCUGAUUGGCUUAGUGUAAAAGUUGUGUGUCCAAGCCUGAAGUGUCUGUGGCUGAGGCCAGUUGUGCUUCUGUCCUGUGUCUGUCAUUCAGUAUUUAAACUGUGCAGUGCCACACUGGUGGUGUGGAGGAAUAGCCAUACUUAGUACACCAAAGGGAGAAGUGGAGCCACUUGUAGAGGUUAUGUACAAGUGUACAUAACAUUGGGACUCAUUGUUGUCAGUAGGUGUAGGUGUUGUUGGUCUGUGUCAGUGUUGUGUUAGCCUGCUCACAACCCAUCACUGGGGUGGUCAUAUAAGUUUUCAGCACUGGAAUAUUGGUUAUUUUUGGGUACUUAAAAAGGGUUUUUGUGAUGAUUUUAGUAUUGUGUUGUGGUGGAAAAAAAGUAAUUUUCUGAGCUAAGUACCAUAAUGGGGAUAUUAGAUUCAGUCAGUAAUAAAACAUAGCAUUUCAACACCAAGUAGUCAGUGGAAAAUACAAUGUUAAUGUGAGGUGGUUCUCAAAACUCAUGUAUAGUGUUUGUAAAACCAGUGUUUGGCUCAUAAUCUGAAAAGUAAGAAAACUUCAAACUCACCAUUACUGCAGUGAAAGCCAAAAACAAAUCACUCUCCCUUAGAUCUAAGUGUGACAUUCAGAGUUUAGUUAAUUUUCAGUGUUUUGUUCAUAUAUUAUUAAGUGACUUUACUGUGAACAUGAGUUACAUGCAUUUAGCCAUAUAGAACAAAUAGUACCAUGAGGUGGAAGUAAGUGGUUUCAUAAUUGUCAAAUCCUAUUAAUCUUAAGCUUUAAAAGGUGAGAAGAGUAAGUGUAGUACCUCAUACAUCAUCAGUGGAGAGGAACCCAAACCUUGGUGCUGAGGUCUUGAUCUUGGUGUUUAGCUCCUGCCGGGGGAUGACAAGGCCUGCUCAGGUGUCAGGUGGUGUUGACUCCACCACAGCACCGGAGCAAUCUGUAGUGCCUUAGCUGGUUUACCCCCACUGCUCCCCUUGUGUGUGCGGUGGGCGGUGGUGUGUGGGAAACCCUCGCUUUGGUGACAAGGAUUCAACUGUAUUCUGUCUUCUUGGGCUGGAUUUGUUUGUUCCAGUCUGUUUUCUUGGGAUGGACUUGCUUCUUUAUCUAUCUUCUUGGGAUGAAAACUUAUUUUCAGUCUUUUUUCCUUGGGUGGGUCAGUAUUUUUUAUUUGGUGGGGUUGUGUAACUAUCAAAAUAAGAAUCAGGUUCGUGUGUUGAUGAUGAGGUGUUCACUGAUGUACUGUAUGGCUGUAUCUGUAUAUCAUGUACCUAAAUUGUAUUGUUCGGUAGUGUUCUUUCUAAAUUCUUAACACCAGAUUUUCCUGGAGAAUUCUUUAGGUAUAAUAUCUUGAGAUUCUUGUAUCACAAAUUAGUGUAAUGUAAAUUGAAGGACUUACUGAUGCAGAAUAAGAAGGCUUUCAACAUAACAAAAUCUUACUUCAAUAUCACAUUUGAAGUCCUGCAUACAUAAUUAUUUUUUGAAUAUGACAAAGAUUGGAGGUGUGAAUAAGGUUUAAGCAAGCAUAUCAUUAUCCCUUGAGAGAAUGGAGUAAGUUACAUGAUCAGAUCUUGGUUCAUGGACACCACAUUGCCCUGUCAAGUGGUCCAUGCAAGUGGGAGGCUGCUGUCACGUUAUUUAUUGUGGGACAUCUUCUAUGUCUUGAGUGACUGGCCACCCACAGAAGAGCCAAGCUAAGUGGAGGAGUUUGUGUGAUGCUUACCAGUUGACUGUGACUGCCCAUUGAGAUUCUGUGCCUUUGUUAUCAUGAAUGGAGGAUGAGCUGGUGUAACUCUGUAAAGACCUGCCUUUGUAUGCGCUGUUGUAUUCUAGACAGUGUAAAAUAUGUAGCUUGCUGUAUAAAAUUGCCUCUUUUUUUUCUUUUUUUUUUUUUUCUUUUUCUUUCUCUCUUCUGUGUAAAGGAAAAUCUGUAAACUGAUAUGAAGGUUGGCUAAAAUGAAGUAUUCAACUUUCAUCCAAGUUUCAUCCCCUUAAGGCCACGCCACGUCCCGUGAGCUUUGCUGGAAGCUCUCAGGCCAUGUGGCAGGAUGCCGAGGGAGGUUUUGUAGUGGAGCCUAGUCAAACAGAUUACCUUUGUCAGCUUAAUGUGUAUUACAUUAAAAAAACAGAAAAACGUAAAAAAAAAAAUGCUUUGGUUCCAUAAAACAUACAUAAUUUCCUUUUGUUUAAAUAUAUGGUAAAGAUUAUUGUCAUUAUUUUUCCUUAGUUAGGACGUCUCUUUGUGACAGUGCAGAAAUUAUAUCAAGUGCCUUUUUCUUGUUAAUUGCUGUCGAUAGAGGAGCAGUGAGCCACACUGGACGUCACUGUUGCUGAAUUACUGUGAGCCAUUUGUAAGAUGAUCAAGCAUUGGUCUUGCCACGUUGUAAUUACCCGCAAUAGAUGGUAGUCACUUUUUUUCUGAAAUCUUACAUAAUUAUAGCAAAUAUUUAAGAAAUAAAGAUAUUUUAUAGUUA